AUGAAACGGCUUUUUAAGAGAUGUCCUUACUGCUCUGUCAAGGUAAGUCUUAUUAUAAACGUUUGCUAUGGCAGUGAUCAGAAAAUCUACCUUCCAGAAAAAAAAAACAGCAACAACAACAAAAGCAAUAAAGCUAACAACAUUAUAGCAUAAUGAUGAUGAUGAUCACGAUGAUGAUAUCGAUAAUGAUGAUGACAAUGAUGAUGAUGAUGGUGACGAUGGUGGUGGUGGUGGUGGUGGUAAUGCUAGUGGUGAUGAUGAUGGUGGUAGUGGUGGUGGUGGUAACGCUGGUGGUGAUGAUGGUGGUGGUGGUGGUGGUGGUGGUGAUGAUGAUGACGACGACAAUGAUGAUGAUGAUGAUGAUGAUGAUGAUGAUGAUGAUGAUGAUGAUGAUGAUGAUGAUGAUGAUGAUGAUGAUGAUGAUGAUGAUGAUGAUGAUAAUGAUAACAAGAACAACAAUAACAAUAAUGAUAAUAAUAAUAAUAAAUACCUGGUGGCAACUUAUGUACACUGGCAGAUCUGCAGAGAAUAUGACAUGAAUAGUCUGUGCCUACACUCACCACCAAAGUGGUUAUGA